AUGACUUCUGAAGGGGUCAUUCAGGAGUGCAAGCUAUUCUUUUUUGCUGGACAUGAGACAACUGCAAUCUUGCUUGUGUGGACGCUAAUUUUGUUGAGCAAGCAUUCAGACUGGCAAGCUCGUGCUAGGGAUGAGGUUCUUCAGGUCUUUGGCAACAAUAUACCGGAUUUUGAAGAUUUAAAUUGGCUGAAAAUUACUAUAUACACCAGGAGUUAUGAUUUCCCGGAGGUUAACGAAGACACUAAAUUAGGGGAACUGUCUCCACCUGCUGGAAUGAUUGUCUUGAUGCCUUCAAUCUUGCUACAUCAUGAUCCAAGUUUAUGGGGUGAUGAUGCAAAGGAAUUCAACCCAGAGAGAUUUAGCGAGGGAGUUGCAAAGGCUACUAAGGGCCAGCCGUGUUUUCUGCCAUUUGGUGGGGGACCUCGGAUAUGCAUUGGGCAAAACUUUGCUCUGCUUGAAGCAAAAAUGGCAUUAGCUUUAAUUUUACAGCGCUUUUCCUUUGUGCUUUCUCCAUUGUAUACGCAUGCCCCAUACUUGUUUCUUACCCUGCUUCAACCUCAGUAUGGUGCUCAGUUGAUUAUGAAGAAACUGUAA